AUGUCCUUUGGACCAUGCUGCGUAGCAGAUGUGUUUGCGUAUUACGAAGACAAUGGCAUUACUAAGUCGGCGCUUCUGAGCAUGACCUCUGUGGUUAACGAGCCCGACGAGGACCUGUCGGCCCGUAUCACCGCAACUUUUUGGCAGGAAUGCUCGAGCAAGAUUUUGCACUUGACACAUAACGAGGACGAUUUGGCUGCUGUGCAAGACCUGAUGACCAAGCUGCGGACGAUUAAGCAGUCAGCAAAACUUCGAUUUAAGACAACACUUCGGCCAGUAAUUCGGCAGGAUACCCGCUGGGGGUCCACUUUCUAA